AUGGAUGUUAAUCGCCUGGCAGAAAGUAAGCAUCGGGCAUUUAUGCCCCGUCGCCGAUUCCGUAAGUUGGCUCGAGACAAUAUCCAGGGUGUUACUCGUCCGGCGAUCCGCCGCCUCGCCCGCCGCGGUGGCGUUUAUCGCAUGGGCAAUGAGAUCUACGAGGAAGCGCGCAGGGCCCUCAAAGACAGACUGACCGAGAUCAUCCGGCGCAUCGUGCACGUCAUGGAUAGCGGCACCACUCCUGGCCAUGAACGUAAGAUGGGCAGCCCGAUAUACGGGUUCCAGUAG